AUGUCUGAAGUACCAGUUGAAAGAAUUUCUGAGAGCGAGUUCCACGAGUCCAUCGUUCAGAGAUACACCGAUGUCAUCGGUGAAAAGCUCGGUGGAAAAGUGCUGUCAUUCUCAGACGAAUGGUUUGCUGCGGCAGAGAACUUAAUCAAGCCAAAGGCCCCCAUUCGUGAUGCUACCAGAUUCACAUAUGCCGGUGCCUGGUACGAUGGUUGGGAAACCAGAAGACACAACACUGAGGAAGCAGACUGGGUCAUCUUCAAGCUGGGAGUGUCUUCUGCAAGAUUGAUCGGCUGCGAGAUCGAUACCGCUUUUUUCAACGGGAACCACGCUCCUGCUAUCUCUGUUGAGGCUGCUACGGUUUCUGAUGACUCCAAGGCUCAAGAAGCUGACUGGGAAACGGUUAUCUCCAAGGUGGAGUGUGGGCCUUCCCAAAGACACUUCUUCGUGAGAGACUCGUUGACCGAAGCCACCUACACCCACAUCAGACUGCGCAUGUACCCAGACGGUGGAAUUGCGAGAUUUAGACUUUACGGAAAGGUCGUGACGGUUGUGCCCCAAGAUCUGAGCCAGGUGUUGGAUACUGCCAGUGUCAACCAGGGAGGUGUUGCCGUUUCUGUGUCAGACCAACAUUUCGGAUCCGCAGACAACCUGAUUUUGCCAGGAAGAGGAUUCGAUAUGAGUGAUGGCUGGGAGACCACCAGAUCAAGAGCGCCUGGUCACGUUGACUGGGCUAUCAUCAAAUUAGGCUAUCCUACGAAGGUCCAGAAGAUCGUUGUCGAUACUGCCCAUUUCCGUGGAAACUUCCCUCAGAAGGUGCGUGUUGAGGCUUUGAAUUCGUCUGAAGAAUCUCCUGACCAUGCCCAUUCUGACUGGAAGGCGAUUGUUCCUGAUUCAAAAACUGGACCCGAUGCUGAGCACGAGUACUCUGUUGAAUCUGGAGAGGUCUACACGCACGUGAAGCUCGUCAUGAUCCCUGACGGAGGUGUCAAGAGAAUCAGAGUUUUGGGGUUAUUAUCUGUUUAA